GAGCCGGUAAUCGGCGUUCCUCAGAGGGGACAUGUACACUGAUCAUCAGCGCACUGAUGAUCAGUGAUCAGUGCAGCCCCAGCAGUGCCACCUGUCAAUGUCCAUUAAUGUCACCUGCCAGUGCCCAUCAGUGCCACAUAUCAGUGCUCAUCUAAGCUGCCUUUUAGUGUCACCUAUCAGUGCCAGUCAGUGCCACCUAUCAAUGCCAGUCAAUGCCACCUAUCAGUGCUGCCUAUCAGUGCCAGUCAGUGCCGACUAUCAGUGCACAUCAGUGCCACCUAUCAGUGCCUGCCCAUCAGUGAUGCCUGUCAAUGCCCAUCAGUACCACCUAUCAGUGCCCAUCACUGCAGCCUCAUUAGCGCAUAUCAGUGAAGGAGAAAAAUCACUUAUUUACACAAUUUUAAAA